AUGAGUUCUAUGAAAUGGAGUGUAAAAGACGUAAAACAUUGGCUUGCUAAUUCACUAAAACUUGAUAAACAAGUUCUAAAGAUAUUUGAAGAAAAUGAAAUCAACGGCGAAAUAUUGUUGAAUCAUAUAACAGAUAAUAUUCUGCUAAAUCGCUUAGGCGUUAUAUCAUAUAACUCCAGGUUUAAAAUCUUAAAUGGAAUACAGGAGUUAAAGCUAGAAAAUGAGGGGCCUCAAAUUGUCCCUUUAAUUUUACCUACGUCAUCAUCAUUUAUCUUUGAUCCAGUAGUUAAUGAAAUGAAAGAUCAGGUUUCUGAUAAAUCAGAAGAUAAUACUGCUGUAAAUUUUGAUUUUAGUGACGAUGAAACCUCUGAAGCUAUAUCUAGCGAUUCUAAUAAAGAUUUUGCAAACGGUAGCGAUGAAGAUAGUGAUUGUGAGAGUUUUCUUAGUAAAAAUGAGGAUAGCGAUGCAUUGGAUAUGGAUGAUGAGGAGGACCUCAUCAUGAGGGGGCAACGAAUUAAAAAGAACAAUAAUGUUCAUGUAAAUAAUAUGGAUUCAUCUGAAUUCGGAAACAAACCCGAAAUUUUAUCGAAUUUUCAUGCAAUCAGAGUCGGAAAAGAUCCUAUUUCAAAGAAAGAGGAGGAAAGAAUCCUGGCAUCCCAAAAAAAUUUUGGAUAUGCAACCAAAUGGAUGUAUGCGGAAGAUGAUGAAUUGCUUCCGGUUUACGGUGAUAGUGACGAAGAAUUAUAUUAUCUAACGAGUGAUUUUGAGGAAGAAAUUAUGGAAGAAGAAAGGAAAUUAGCUAAGAGAGAGGGUAAAAAAUCUACUCCUUUCAUUUAUGUGAGUUCAGAAGGUAAAUUUUCUCCUACCGUUAAUGAAACCAUCUUAAGUGAAGAUGAGGAAACUUUUGAAAUAAAAGUCGAGCAUCUGAUUAAUCUAAAACCACAACUUGAGGAUAAAGCUUUUUAUUAUUGGUCAAGAUACUUUCCGAGAAAAUUAAACACCAAAAAUACUACUCGUAUGGCUAAUUUACAACAAGAAUUGAAACAUUUGAGAAAUGAGCGUCUUCCUCAAUUGAUCGAACAAGUCAAGUCAAAUCUUAAUACUGUAAAAGAGUUAACGUUAGGAAAAUCUUCUGUGAGACGUGCAUGUGGCGCAUUGGACAUGACUUUGCAUCAGGUUUUCGAAAUUGAAUGGAUCUUUGCUCUCUUAGUUAGACCUGAAGUUCCACAGAAAUCUGCAAGAACUUCAACGAAAAAGAAAAUUGUUAACAAUGUAGAUAAUAAAGAGGCGAAUCCAAACGAAGUUACUGAUGACUAUGAAGAGUAUGAAUCAGACUUCAUCGAUGAUUCUGAGCCAGUAGAUAUAAAUACUUAUAAUUUGGAAUGGGCAGAAUUAUACAGAAUUCCUAAACUAACGGUUGAAACAAUGAAAUUAUCGGAUUUACCCGAGGUUACUGAAGUCAUCGCAAAUGACGUUGCACGUGUCAAUUCCGAAAAAUCACGUGAAGUGCAUGAUUCAAGAGAAUCGGAUGCACUUGAAAAAAAUAUAUCAUCUCACAAUACAAAUGUAUCAUUUGCUGAUGAUAAUAUUAUUUCAAAAGAUUCUCCAGAAAUUAAAACUUCUGAUAGCGAUGAUUCUUCGGCAAAGAAACUGCUUACAGAAGAAAUAACUUUUGUUCCUAAUGCUGGUAGAAAACCUAAUCCCUCUGAAAUCAUCGUUGUAGAAGAUAGUGAUGUAGAAAUGGCCAGUGAUAUGGAAAUAGAUGAUGAUGUAUCCGAGGUUUAUCAAGCAAGUGUCAUUAAUAAACUUGCGUAUUCUGUGUCAAAGGUUAACAUCAUACCGGAUUUUGAAUACCUUGAUGAUGAUGACGUUUAUGAAGAACCAGUACAAAUGCAUUCUAAAAUUGAUACUGCCUUUCUUAAAUAUAAGUGUCAAGAGUUGUAUGAUAAAAUAAUUAUACUCUCGGAGCAAUUAUCUUUCGAUUGUAAUCAGGAGUUUGAAGAUCAGGCAGUCUUAAUACGAAUAUAUGACGAAUUUAGAAGGUAUCUACAUAUGUUAUGUAGAAAAGGUGGUAAAGGUAGUAAGCUAAAGCAGCUAAAUAUAAAUAACAUUGAUGUUUUCUCAAAAUAUUAUGAGUGGAGGAAAAUUUACGUUAUGGAAAAUCAUAACAAAAGACAUGCAGAAAUUGAGUCAAAGAACGAAUCUCAUGUUGGAAAGAAUUAUGUGGGAGACAGCGAAGAAGAAUCAGACGAUUUUGAUAAAGAAUCCAGUUCCCCUAAAAAAUCUAAACGAAGAAGAAAGGUGAAGGAAUCAAAGACUGUAAUUGAACAACGUAAAGCCAGGAGCAUGCUUGAACAAGAUUAUAGAGCCAGAUUUGAAAUGCAAGCAAAACUCGUCAAUCCUUCUGAAGGAGAACAUAUUUAUAUACCUGAUAUAGGUAAUAAAUUGAAAUCUCAUCAAAUUGAAGGAGUUCGGUUUUUGUGGAAGAAUAUAAUAAUGUUCAAUAAAGGAUGUGUUCUUGCGCAUUCAAUGGGUUUAGGAAAAACUUAUCAAGUGAUAACGUUUCUAUUUACACUGGCUUAUCAUAUUCGGGGAUAUAGUAACAAUACAGUUAUACCUGAUCAUCUUAAAAAAUUCCAAAUUUUGAUUCUUUGCCCAAAAAUUGUUGUAGACAAUUGGGAAAACGAAUUCAAUUACUGGUUAAAAGAUGUGAGUAAGAUUUUCAGCUUUUAUAAAUUUAAUGAUAACGUUGACCAGCGUCAAAAAACCAUUGUUGAGUGGUUUGAAAAUGGAGGUGUGCUCCUGGUUGGUUAUGAAAUGUAUAGGCAACUUAUAUUGACAAACUCAAACCAUCAAGGUUCUUAUCGCCAUUGUUUAUUGGACCCUGGCCCAUCUUUAGUAGUUGCAGACGAAGGUCAUAUACUUAAAACAAAGGAUACAAAAUUGAAUGAUGUUCUUAAGAAGCUAAAAACUCCAAGUCGGAUAAUAUUGACUGGAUCACCUUUACAAAAUAAUUUGGUUGAAUAUUGGUGUAUGAUUCAAUUUGUAUGCCCUAAUUAUUUGGGUGAGCUUGAGGAUUUCAGAAAGGUUUAUAUGCAACCUAUUCAGAAUGGUUUGUACAAACAAGUCGAUCUCGCAGAUGAAAAGCUUUCAAGAAAAAUGCUUUACGUACUCGGCAAUAUUAUCGAAGAUAUUGUUCAUAGGAGAAAUCUUGGUAUUUUGGAAAAAGAACUGACUACAAAAGUAGAAUAUCUUGUUUCUUGCAGGAUGGAAGGCCGUCAGUUAGAUAUAUAUAAUGCUUUAAUUGAUGCAUUACAAAAGGAAGGUGGUCCCAAUAUACAAUACUCACAUCUUUUAUGUGUUCUCUGUAACCAUCCUGGAAUAGUUUUGCCAAGCCUAAGUAAAGAGAAUAAGGUCAAAGAAAAAGUUGUCAUAGAUUUGACGGGUGAUGAUGGUGAAGUAAAUGCAAUAGAUGAUACUAAGUUGUCAACAACCAUUCGCGAAUAUAUUUAUAAAAUCGUGAGCGGAAUGACAGAUUUGGAUGAGAUUAAUGAGAGCUGUAAGAUGUCGGUGUUAAUGAAAAUCUUGGAAAAAUGUGAAGCAAAGAAAGACAAAGUACUUAUAUUCUCUAAGAGUAUACCGACCUUAGAUUUCAUCGAAAAAAUGUUACGAAAAUGGAAGCCCAACUCCGAUUCUCAUUUUAUGAGAAUAGACGGGAACACGGCUUCUGCU